UAAGCAAAAACUACGAGCCCCAUUCAUUAAACCACACCCAAUAUAUACCCAAUCAAUCUGACAUGUUUUCUCCUCACAUGUCCACAAAACAUGGCACUUUGGCAACAAAAGCUAGGCUUCUCAUAUCUACUAAUCCUUUGCUUAGCCACUGUGGUUUCUUCACACAACAGACCUUUUACAGUUCCAACUGUCACACGCUUGACGGAUUCUUUUCCUACUGUCCCAAUUGAUCAAGCUUUUUCUAAGGCCUUUGGGGCCUCCAAUGUCCAGUUUCUCAGCAAUGGGUCCACGGCCACACUGGCUCUCGACAAACUCUCAGGUUCCGGCUUGGUGUCACAAAGAAGAUACUACUAUGGAUUCUUCAGUGCUGCAAUCAAAUUGCCCUCUGGUUUGUCACCUGGAGUUGUUGUUGCUUUUUAUCUGUCUAAUGCAGAUAAAUUCCCUCACAACCAUGAUGAAAUAGACAUUGAAAUUUUGGGUCAUGAUAAAAGAAAUGACUGGGUUAUUCAAACGAAUGUCUAUGCCAAUGGAAGUGUCAGCACAGGGAGAGAAGAGAAAUUCUAUUUCUGGUUCGACCCAACACAGCAGUAUCAUCUUUACAGCAUCUUGUGGAACAGUUAUCACACAGUGUUCUUAGUGGACAAUGUUCCAGUGAGGGAAUUCAUACAUAGCAACACAAAUCCUUCUAUUUAUCCAUCAAAACCAAUGUCGGUGUAUGCCACAAUAUGGGAUGGUUCAGAAUGGGCUACUCAUGGAGGCAAAUACCCAGUUAACUACAAGUAUGCACCAUUUGUUGCUUCAUUUGCACAAGUAAAACAGAGUGGCUGCAUAUCUGAUCCCACAGCACCAGUUUCUGCAUGUUCUAAGGUCAACCCUUCUGCCCAAGACCCAGUCAAUGGACCAGAGUUUACUAAGCUAUCACAGCAGCAAGUAGAAGCUAUGGAUUGGGCAAGGAGGAAACUCAUGUUUUACUCUUACUGCAAUGACAGACCCAGAUUCAAAGUCAUGCCACCAGAAUGCCACUAAUACAAAUUUAUUCACAAAAAUUACGAAAAGAGAAUUUCUGAAAACAAUUUAUGGGAAAUCAUGAAGGAAGCUAUAUAUCCAAGUCAUUUUUUAUAUAUUUUUUUUUCACCUGAGUGGAGAAUAAUACUAUUGUUGGAAGU